UCCGGGGAGGAGAGGCCCCGCCCCCAUCAGCUGCACUCUCUCCUUCCGCCUCUUCCCUCUUAAAGCGACCAGAUAAUCAAGAUGGAAGAGCCAAACCAAUAUGACCCUGAAGGAGGAAGAGAGCCCUAUAAAACAUGGGGCAGGAGAAGAGUUGGAUGCUGGGAGAGAACAAAGCAGGAUGCUCUAGAGAAGGAGUUCAGCACAGACCUUAAAUGCCAACGCUUCCGGCACUUCCGCUUCCAGGAGGCUGAUGGGCCCCGAGAGGUUUGCAGCCGCCUCCACUCUCUCUGCCACCUGUGGCUGAAGCCCGAGCGACACUCCAAGGCGGAGAUGCUGGACCUGGUGAUCCUGGAGCAGUUCCUGGCCGUCCUUCCUGCGGAGAUGGAGCGCUGGGUGAGGGAAUGUGGGGCAGAGACCAGCUCUCAGGCCGUGGCCUUGGCUGAAGGCUUCCUCCUGAGCCGGGAAGAAGAGGACAAGGUGCUGCAAGAAGAGUGCCAGGAGAGAGAGCACUUUCAGGCCCAGAAGGUCCCAUUGGAUACCAGCCAGGGCUUCCCUUUCAGGUGGAUCAAGUUGGAGGAGGAUAGACAUCUCCUUCAGGCCCAGGAGGCCCCACCAUGCACCAGUCAGGUGUCCCCUUUCAGGUGGAUUAAACCGGAGGACGACACAGAAGUGUCUCUACUAGGAGACGAGACAAGGGUGCUGGGAAGACACGGCAGCUCCACUCUUUAUGAUGCAGGAGAAGAAGUGGCAUCCAUUCCACAAGAUCAGGUGAUAUUUGAGGAUGUGGCUGUCCAUUUCAGUGUCGAGGAAUGGGCCUUACUGGAUCCAGAUCAACGGGCCUUGCACGGGGAGGUCAUGGAAGAAAAUUAUAGGAUGGUGGCUUCUCUGGGUGGUGAUGGACAAGGGAGUGAAAAUGGGGGAGUUCCAAAUAAAAGGUGUCUGAAGACAGUGAGAAGUAAAAAGGAAGAAGAAAGAAGCCCAAGAAUAGAAGCAGAAGGAUAUAACAGGAACCAGUGCUCUGCUGACAUCAGGAUAAUCACAAUCGGAGAGACAAUAGAUGAAAGCUUAGAGGUUGGAAACAGCCCUGUCUAUGAGAAUGGCUUCUUCCAAGAGGCGUUUAGUAUACACCCUGCACACAAUGAAAAAUACCAAAUUGUGAGCAAGCCAUAUAAAUGCCUGGAGUGUGGAAAGCGUUUUCAUCAAAAAGGAAGCCUCCGUAGACACCAAAACACUCACAUAGAAGAGAAGCCAUAUAAAUGCCUGGAGUGUGGAAAAUGCUAUACCCAAAAAGAUAGCCUAAGUAGACACCAAAACACCCACACGGGAGAGAAGCCAUAUAAAUGCCUGGAGUGUGGAAAAUGUUUCAUUCAGAAAGGAAACCUCAAGACACAUGAAAGAACCCACACAGGAGAGAAGCCAUAUAAAUGCCUGGAGUGUGGGAAAGGUUUUGUUUCAAAUAGCAGUCUCAUUAGGCAUGAAAUGAAUCACAGAGGAGAGAAACCCUUUAAAUGCCUAGAGUGUGGAAAAGGUUAUUCUGAUAAGAGAAGUCUUAUUGGACAUGAAAUUGAACACAGAGGAGAGAAACCCUAUCAAUGUCUGGAGUGCGGGAAGAGUUUCUCUUUGAGAGAUAGCCUAAGGCUGCACCAAAAAACCCACAGAGAAGAGAAACCCUAUAAAUGCCUGGAGUGUGGAAAAGGUUUCUUUCAGAAAGCAAACCUCAAAAGACACAAAAGAACUCACACAAAUGAGAAGCUAUAUAAAUGCCAGGUGUGUGGAAAAGGUUUUUCUUAUAAGAGAAUUCUUAUAGGACAUGAAAUGAAUCACAGAGGAGAGGAACCCUAUAAAUGCCUGGAGUGUGGGAAGAGUUUCUGUUGGGAAACUGCCCUAAAGCAACACCAAAACACCCACACAGGAGAGAAGCCAUAUCAAUGCACAAAGUGUGGAAAAUGUUUCCUUCAAAAAGGAAACCUCAAGAGACAUGAAAGAAUCCACACACAAGAGAAGCCAUAUCAAUGCCUGGAGUGUGGGAAAGGUUAUUCUGAUAAGAGAGGCCUUAUGGGACAUGUAAUGAAUCACAGAGGAGAGAAACCCUAUAAAUGUCUGGAGUGUGGAAAAGGUUAUUCUGAUAAGAGAAAUCUUAUUGGACAUGUAAUGAGUCACAGAGGAGAGAAACCCUAUCAAUGCCUGGAGUGCGGGAAGAGUUAUAUACUUAAAUCCACUCUUACAGCUCACCAGAACAGCCUUAAAGGAAAGUGUGGGAAGGGUUUUGGCUACAAAUCAGACCUCACAAAUGUCCAAGAUAGUCCUAUAGAAGUCAAAAUCGAAGACAUAUCUGUAGUGAAGGUAGAGCUUCCAUAGGAGAGUCUCAAGGCCCACCAAAAAAACUCACAUGGGAGAGACAGCAAAAAGCAUGGAAUCUGAUAAUACUUUGAACUGCACAUCAAUACUCAAAGAUGUUGGAAUGUUCAUACAAAGAAAUUCUACACCUUCCUGCGUUUUGGAAAGAAUUGAGUUGCACAACAAGCUUCACAAUGUACUACGACGGUUGAAUGAAAAGUAAUGCCUCCACCUUCGUAACUCCUCAACAGAUGGCAGUACUGGUAUGCAGCAGGUACCGGCUUGUUCAGUAGACUCUCCUCUACAGUUCCAUUUUAGCGGGAAGCCUUAGCAUUAAACGGUUGUGUAGUUAAAGUGCAAAGUAUGGAACCCUGCACAGACGGUCAGUCAAUGCAAUUUAAGCAACGUGCAGUCAUUGAAUUCUUGACUGCAGAAGGUGUCACCCCAAAGGAAAUUCAUCAGAGAAUGCAAGAUGUUUAUGGUGUGUUGAUGUGAGUACUGUGUGUCGUUGGGCGAGUAAGUUUAAAGAUGUUGAGGUGGGAACAUCUGACUUGCUUGACAAACAAAGAGUUGGACAUCCUGUGACAGCAACCACUGAAUUUCACAAGCAAAAGGUUGACAGAUUGAUUCAGGAUGAUUGUCGUAUCACUCAGAGAGAACUUUCAAGCAUAAUGUGCAUUUCACAAGAACAUGUGGGUCAUAUUAUUGCUUUGCUUGGCUGUUGGAAGAUCUGUGCACGAUGGUUUGCGGAAACAGAGUGUUGACUUCUUCCGUGAUGGCUUCAGAAAAAUUGCAGAAAUAUAUCCAAUUGUCUUGUGAUUACUACGAGGGUUGAAUGAAAAGUAAUGCCUCCACUUUGUAACUCCUCAACAGAUGACAGUACUGGUAUGCAGCAGGUACUGGCUUGUUCAGUAGAUUCCUCUACAGUUCCAUUUUGGCAGGAAGCCUUAGCAUUGAACAGUUGUGUUGUUAAAGUGCAAAGUACUGAGCAGAUGGUCGAUCAAUGCAACUUAAGCAACAUGCAGUCAUUGAAUUCUUGAUAGCAGAAGGUGUCGCUCCAAAGGAGAUUAAUCAGAGAAUGUAAGCUGUUUAUGGUGAUUGUGUUUAUGUGUUGACAUCAUGAUACUUCUGAUGAAUAUGUUGAGAGAACGAUGAGACGCUGGUUGCGGAAA